CUGCGCAUGUCUAAAGGGUGGCUGAAGGGGGCGGUAGAAACAGACCACUCACUGCGGAGGCGGGGCUUCGGCGAAUUCAGGUGAUCCGCACUGAGCUGUUCCCGGCAGCAGCGAUGGCGGGGAGAGGGAAGCUAAUUGCGGUGAUCGGAGACGAGGACACGGUGACUGGCUUCCUGCUGGGUGGCAUAGGGGAGCUUAAUAAGAAUCGCCACCCUAAUUUCCUGGUGGUGGAGAAGGAUACAACCAUCAAUGAGAUCGAAGACACUUUCCGGCAGUUUCUAAACCGGGACGACAUCGGCAUCAUCCUCAUCAACCAGUACAUCGCUGAGAUGGUGCGGCAUGCACUCGAUGCCCAUCAGCUCUCCAUUCCUGCUGUUCUGGAGAUCCCAUCUAAGGAGCACCCCUAUGAUGCUGCCAAGGACUCCAUCCUGCGCAGGGCCAGGGGCAUGUUCACUGCCGAAGACCUGCGCUAGGGAACUCCGCACAGCCCUGCAGCCUCUCCCCAGGCUGCCAUCAGCCCUUCCCUUAAUUUUUGAGCCUCUGAUUUCCAAUUACCUGUCCCUUCUCACAACAUUGAGAGGCUAGGUGAGGUGCUUCCAGGUGGCUGGGGCUCUGCCAUUAAAAUCAAGGCUGGUUAGGGAA